AUGGCAUACGAUAAUUCUGGCUCCCAUGGCGAGCUCUAUGACUCCACUAUGACUGUCCCCUCCGACUCGGAAAACUACUCGGCCAACAAUGAACUCUCGUCGUCUACCUCAAGCUCCCCGAUGAUCCUUUACAAGCCUCCAACUAUCUGGGGUAUUCUCCGCGGUGCUGCAAUCAAUCUGGUCCUUCCUUUUGUCAACGGCCUUAUGCUUGGAUUUGGUGAACUCUUUGCCCACGAGGCAGCAUUCCGUCUAGGAUGGUCAAACACUAAGAUCUUCCCUACCUACCGCAGAUCGCAUCCCGUGGGCCCUGGAAUCGAGAUUCGUGAGCUCCCCUCAGACCGGAGGCGAGUCACCGCCGGCUUGAAGGACACCGCGUCCUUGGAGUGA